CGCAGACGCGUUGCGGACAGAGAGAUAGCGCACUAAGAGGAAAUUUACACACCGCGACACCAGCACAUUUUCUCUGGGAUAUAACCACCACAAAACCUUUCGAUUUGUACAUUUUCCGUAGGGGCGAAUAUGGCGACGCUGGGACCGGAGCUCCGUCCCCACUCCCAGCUGCCUUCUGUCGCAUUACAGGCGAACCUGAGCGGACUGGGCUCAAAUACGAACCUGCCUCUCAACCGGGGCUUGGAGAGAGCUCUGGAGGAUGCGGCCAACUCCGGAUUUAUGAACCUCAGCACAAGAAAACUGAAAGAAUUCCCACGGACAGCAUCAAACUACGACCUGACGGAUACCGUUGAAGCAGACCUGUCGAAGAAUCGUUUGGUUGACAUCCCGUCAGAGGUGUGUCACCUGGUCUCCCUGGAAAUGCUGAACCUGUAUCACAACUGCAUCAAGAGCAUUCCAGAUACCAUCAUUAGCCUACAGUCCCUUACGUGCUUGAACAUCAGCCGAAACCAGCUGUCAGUGCUGCCAGCGUGUGUGUGUGGUCUUCCUCUGCGAGUGCUCAAUGCCAGCAAUAACAAACUCAACGUACUUCCAGAAAGCAUUGGCCAGCUCACCAGUCUCAUGGAACUGGAUGUGAGCUGCAAUGAAAUCACUGCUCUUCCACGUCACAUCGGCCGACUUAAAGCCCUGAGAGAACUCAACGUGCACCGAAACCUUCUCUGUGUCCUACCAGAGGAUUUAGCAGAUCUACCUCUGGUCAAGUUUGACCUCUCCUGUAAUAAAGUUUCAACUAUUCCUGUCUGCUAUCGAAAAAUGACCCAACUUCAGUCACUACAGCUCGAGAACAAUCCACUUCAGAGUCCUCCAGCACAGAUCUGCAUGAAGGGUAAGAUUCAUAUAUUUAAAUACCUCGCCAUGGAGGCGUGUCGCAGUGACAAGAUGGCUGACGCCCUGUACCUGCCCGUAACGGACCGCCUCAGCUUGACACGGCCCACCAAUGGGAGCAUUGAGGACAUUGAUCAGCACAAGAAACUUGACAGUGACUCUGGGGUGGGCAGUGACAACGGAGACAAGCGCCUCUCGGCUACUGAGCCAUCAGAUGAAGACAGUCUCAGCUUAAAUGUGCCCAUGACCAACAUCACAGAAGAGGGAGGCUUGAGCAAAGACGACUCCAGUGAACACAUCAGCGCCCUGACAGCAGACAGAAGUUCAUCUGAAUCUCUUAAAGAACAGCUGGGCUACAGAAACUCCACCCUCAGCUCACCGUUUAUCAGCUAUAUCAAGAGUCGCAGUGCUGACUUUGAUGAGCCCCUCAGGAUAGAGGAAGACGGCAACUGGACUUCAGAACAAACGUCAAAGGUCAACAUGAUCAACCAGCUGAAGGAGGCUGUGGAGAUGCUACAGGAUCCUAACAGGGUGAACAUGAACUCCGCUGAUCUGCCGGGUAUUAAGCUCUACCCUGUGGAGAUGGUUGAUGUAGAAGAGUCACUCAAUGGUCAAGAGAGUGAUGAGGGUCAGAUGACACCUAAGGCAGCUCCUGGAGAAUGCUGGGAGUUCCAGAGGAAGAGACGGUACAUUCUAGAACGGGCCCGACUCGAGGCCCAGCUCGCAUGCCAGCAGUAUGCCCUGCACGUGGCACAACAGGGGGACGUGAUUGGACAAGAUGGAGCAGAUGAUGGUUCUGAGAAUCAAGUCAUCAAGAGUGAAGACAGCACCCCAGUUUGCAGUCCCACCUUGAGUUCUCCUCCCUUCGGGUUAAAGCCCAGAACAGCUUCACCCUCUGUGCCCUAUUUGGCUCCGCCCUCUCCCCUUCCCCUUAUACAGGCCCCGCCUACUGAUAGUGACACACCCCCUAGUCCAGCUGAAGGAGACAUGCAAAGCAGUGUAUAUUUUAGGACACAAAAGAAUCUGGAAUCAGUGGAUCCUCAGUUCACCAUGAGGAGAAAGAUGGAGCAACUGAGAGAGGAGCUGGAGCUCACAGAACAACUGCGAGAGAGUAUCGAAAGCAGAUUAAAAGUGAUUCUUCCUGAAGAUCUGGGUUCAUCUCUCAUGGACGGGGUCGUGCUCUGUCACCUAGUGAAUCACAUUCGACCGCGUUCAGUUGCCAGUAUCCACGUGCCAUCCCCCGCAGUGCCCAAGCUUAGCAUGGCGAAAUGCCGCAGAAACGUUGAAAGCUUUCUGGAUGCCUGCAGGAAAAUGGGAGUCCCUGAGUCCUCUCUCUGUUCGGCUUAUGAUGUCCUGCAGUGUAACCUGCGGCCAGUCUGGGUCGUGGUCGGGGCCUUGCUCAUGCUGGAGAGCACAGAACCAAAGCAGAAGGAAGGACAGGUGGAGAGUGACAGGGAGAAAGAGACUGAGGUCAAGAAGCUUAUCACUGAGUCCACGCAGACCCCAUCCCCUUCCUGGCAAAUAUGGGAUCUGAUUGGCUCGAGUCUGCUACACGUUUUCUGUCUGGUGGUGCUGUUUGUGGCCUACAGCUGGAGUGAAUUUAAAUGAUGUACAUGCACAGAAAACAAACUGACAACACGAUAUAUAUCGUGAAAGCACAUUUUGAAUUUGGAUGUUUAAGAAAGUUUAUUUUAAGUGCUUGGUUGGGUGAAGCACAUUUAGAUGGUAAAGAAAGGGUAGUUUAAUAUUUCAAGACUUAUCUUCUCAAGGCAUCUUGACAUAUUACAUAACACAUGAAACAUGAAUGGAAAUUUUUGUAAGAUCAAUAUGUGCUUUGUAAAACAGAAACAGAUUUUGAAGUAUAAAUAUGCCAUUGUAUGUUUGAGGAAGUGGUAUUUAUUGCCUUGGAAAUAUAUAUUUUUGUCCUGGCUAAAUACUUAUAAAAGAUCAUUAAAGAAUUUAGGAAAAUCGGAGGUGCACUGAGCACUUUAAAAAGGAAUGAAAAUGCCACAUUUUCAUUUCUGUUAAACACAAUGCGGAAAGUUAUAUUUCAGCAGUCGUAGUAUUAAACUGUAUUCAACUGUCAUACAUUGUUGGUACUUUAAAAACAUAUUAGCAAUAAAAUCAGUAUAUUUAUCAGCUUUUGCAUGACUAAAGUAAUACAAGCCCAUAUGAAAGACUUUCCUCCUGUCCAACAUGUAUCUUCAGCAAGCAAGCAAACUUUUGGUCCGCUUCAUAGAAAUGCAGAGCACAGGCUGGCACAAAUGUCAGUCAUUACAGCGAAACAAUUGCUUUGCAUUGCAGUCUUGUGUGGUGAAGUAAAAUCUAUGAUUAUGAACAUUAAUCAUUAGCAUAAGGGCUAAAUAAUCCAUUGGCAUUUGUUUUUGGUGUUUUAAAAAAUGCAGUCACAAACCAGCACAUCUUGCAAUAUAUAUAUUUCUAUCAUGUUUGUCGGUUAUUGUUUAGACUUGCAAAAAUCAAAGAUCUUGCUCGGUCGUUGUAAAUUCUUGCUUGAUCCAGAAUUCCACAUCUUCUGAUGACAGUGUUGUGGAUGGGGUUCAGGGACCAGUGUAAAUAAAUAAAUGAAGGGAUUUCAUGUAUGUAGUCAAAUGUUGUUUAUUUAAAAAUACUAAAACAGAUGAAAACAAACCCAGCAAAUGUGACUAUUAAUAAGUAAACACUGUAGUGGUUGAGUAUAAUGAACUUAAAGGGACAGUUCACCUAAAAAUGAACAUUCUGUCAUCAUUUACUCGCCCUCAAAUUGUUCAAACCUGUAUAAAUGUCAUAGUUCUGUUGAACACAGAAGAAGAUCUUUUGAAGAAUGUAGGAAAGCAAACAAUUCUGGGGCACAAUUGACUGCCAUCGUUUUUUCCUACUAUGGUAGUCAAUAGUGCCCCAGAACUUUUGGGUUAUAAGCAUUCUUCCAAAUAUUUCCUUUGUGGUCAGCAGAACAAUGAAAUUCAUACAGGUUCGGAACAACAUAAGGGUGAGUAAGAUUUUUGGGUGAACUGGCCCUUUAAGUUGCUUUUGGAAAGCAUCAGUAUGUACUGUAGGAUUUCUCUUCAAUAGAUGAUUUUCUCAUUUAAUAGGAUCCUGUGAUCAUAUUUCAGGUUCUAAUCUUAAUCUCACGCCACAGAAUGGUCCUGUUCAUCUCCUCUCAGAUGAAAGGAACAUUUGAAAGCAUGUGAAGGAGCACUUAAAUGAGUCUACUGUGAUGAUGUCACUGAGACCCCUGGAAGCAACAUGAGCUCUUCACAUCCCUUCUUUGUAAGAUACUUUGAACCAUAUCAGUGUGAUCACAGCAGUUGGCCGUUAUAAUUGGUCCUGCUUUCAUCUUUCACCAGUUUGAUAUAAAGCAAUAUUCACUGUGUUACGGUCCUUUAAAAUUGAAAAAUGUGGAAAACAGUUCUUAGUCAUUCCCCCCCAUAAGGCUACAAGGGGCAAAACAGUGUUUAAACGUCUUAAAAAUUUGGCAGCAUGGGUCCAAGUGUCUGCUCACACAAGCUUCUGUCCUCUGAUGGUUUCUGUGCUGCCCCUUGGACUCUUUGACUCUCUCAGUGUUAAAUCAUGUUUAGUGCUGGACUGCUAAUGGACUUUGUAAAGUUUUGUGGUUUUUAUGAGCUUGUAAAUGAAAAAGAAUAAAUGUAAAGUUUGGGUUGGUU